AUGCAACUGUUGGCUUUCAGUCUUUAUGAGUACGGCGCUUCGUUGGAUGCACUGGACGAAGAUGAGGAAACUCCACUGCUUCUAGCUGCCAAACGAGGCGAAACAAUCAGUGUUCGACAACUCCUCGAAUGGGAUAAGCGAUUAGUUCUACACAAAAACGAUGACGCUGACACUGCCUUGCAUUUAGCAGCCAAAUACGGUAAAGCUGAGACGACCAAGGUACUUCUGGAUGCCGGUGCUGAUAUCGAAGCAAAGAAUUCACACGAAGACACCGCAUUGCAGUGUGCUGUCGCUGGUGGUCAUCUGAACACCGUUCGCCAGCUUCUCGAACGAAAUGCCGUUCUUGAGAACCAGGACGACAAAAGGUUCUAA